GAGCAGCUUCGGCGGGAGGAUGCGCGAGUAUCCCCGGCUCUCCAUUGACCGCUUCGACCGCGAGAACCUCCGCGCCAGGGCCUAUUUCCUGUCUCACUGCCACAAAGGUGCUGCCCGCCUGGUUGAAACCAGCUGCUGGGUAAACUUUCCUGGCAAAUCUCUGGUCCUGCACAUGCUCUGCCUGCUGAUCUGCGCCUGCCUCUGCUGACGCCCCAGAGCCCUUGUCCCUGAGCAGUAACAGGAGAAGUCUGCCCAGCUCCUGAUACCUGCCAGUGCUGAGGUUACUUUCCAGGGAUAUCGCAUAAAGCCAAAAUCACAUAAAGUCAAAACAUUUUGGGUUUAAUGACAGAUCACAUGAAAGGCCUGAGAGCGCCUUCCCUAAAAAGAAGACUGGCAUGCAGCUUAAAAGUUCGCUUGUAUUGUUCACCAGUAACAAAGGAGUUGCUGCUAACUAAUCCACGGUAUAAAUUUUGGGAGAAUCACAUUGUUUCCAUUGAAGUUGAAACUCCAACGCAGAUUUCUCUGGUUGAUGAAGCAUCUGGUGAGAAAGAAGAUUUAGUUGUGACGCUUCUGCCAGCCGGCCAUUGCCCAGGAUCAGUUAUGUUUCUCUUCCAAGGUGAAAGUGGCACUGUGUUGUACACUGGGGAUUUCAGACUUGCCAAGGGAGAAGUGGCCAGAAUGGAACUUUUGCAUUCGGGGAGCAGAGUGAAAGACAUCCAGAGUGUGUAUUUGGAUACUACUUUCUGUGAUCCCAAGUAUUAUCAGAUCCCCAGCAGGGAAGAAUGUAUGAAAGGCAUAUUAGAGUUAGUGCAAAGCUGGAUCACCCUCAGUCCUUAUCAUGUGGUGUGGCUGAACUGCAAAGCAGCUUAUGGAUAUGAGUAUUUGUUCACAAAUCUCAGCGAAGAGCUUGGAGUUAAGGUGCACGUGAACAAAUUGGAAAUGUUUAAAAACAUGCCAGAAAUCCUCUACCACAUCACCUCCAAUCGGCACACUCAGAUUCAUGCCUGUCGCCAUCCAAGGGAUGAUGAAAUGUUCCGAGGGAACAGGUUGCCUUGUGGUGUGAUUUCUCAGAAUGGAAAGCAGUUGCACAUAAUUAGUGUCAAGCCAUCCACAAUGUGGUUUGGAGAGAGGACAAGGAAAACGAAUGUAAUAGUGAGGACUGGGGAGAGUUCAUACAGAGCUUGCUUUUCCUUCCACUCUUCUUACAGCGAGAUUCAGGAUUUCUUGAGCUACAUUCGCCCGGUGAAUGUGUAUCCCAAUGUAAUUCCAGUAGGUGUGACAGAGGACAAACUUAUGGAAAUUUUAAAGCCAUUAUGUACAUCAUACAACAAAAAUAACGAGCUGAAAUAUAAACCACUUGGAGCACUGAAGAGAACCAAACCCUCAGAAAUAACAGACACAGAUGGUGGGAGUGAUGAUCUCUUUGAUACAGAAUUGAUUCCUAUAAGAUACAAGAUUCCAAAACUUCUCCCAGAAAUGACAGCAUCUGAAAAUAGGCCCCUUCCUGAUAACUAUCAAGAUGACAGCGACAAAACAAGUUAUAGGGCAACUUCCAUGCCAGCCCCUUUGAAGGUAGAUUUCAUAGAGUGUGAGGAAUCCAACGGUGAGGAUGACGAUGAGGAGGAAGAAUUGGAGAAAGACAUGGUUCUAGAUGAACUUCUGCCACCCAGUGCAGAGUCUGCCACUGUGUUGCCAAAUCCAGGAUUGGUCUGUUCAGAGCCCACUUGCAAACAAAACGAGGACCUGGAAGUGCCCAAGUGGGAUGCCUACUUUAAGCGACAUGUGGAAGGCACAGAUACCUCUGAACACGAGGACUGUGCUCCAGCUCCCACAGAUUCUAGUGAGCCUCAGUCUCCCAACCUGUUCAGCGAUAAUGAGGAUUUUAGUGAUUCUACCCACAUCUCCUCCCAAAACUCUUCUCAGUCAACGCACAUAUCUGAACAAGGUAGCCAAGGGUGGGACAGUCAGGCAGAUACUGUGCUCAUUUCCCCACAAGAGCGAAAGACUUUUGAGUCCAGCCCUUUAAAGAGAGGAGCAGAGCGAGCAAUGCUUUACGCAUCUUGUUUCCCUGCUGGGGAAAACCGAACAGACAUGCAGAGUUGCAAGGCUUUGGCUCACAGUGCACCUUCUACAAACAGUAUUAAGUCGGAUCGCCAAGGCAGAGCUCAGGAGGCAAGUGCAGCAGCAGCAGCAGCACCUACUCUGACACCAAGUGUGCAGGCUGAAUCAACUCCGGAGAGGAGCAAACAAGGGAGUUCAGGGCUGCUCAAGCCUGAAGACCAACUAGUCUCUCAGAGCUCUUCUGACUUUGAAAUCCCCUCUACCCCCGAGACAGAGGUUCCUAAACCAGACCAGCUGUGCAGCCUGUACAAGAAGCUGGCAGCAGGGGAAAGUCUGCUCUGAUCAGGAAGCAAAAAGAGCUAUCAACUUUUUUCUGUCAUGAAUGAAUGAAUCAUGUUAUUCCUCAAAUCAUGUAUUUUGACAGUUGACCAUGUGCCACUUGAAUUUUUGCUUUUGUAACUUCUAAUUUUUAUACUGAAAAUGCAAACUAUGAUUCUGUUUUUAUAGGAAGUUGCUUCAUUCACACUGAGAGAACCUGGAAAUCUAAUUGAACCAUUUGCACUCUGAAUUUUAGGGUUCUACAAUAAAAGUAAGAUUUGAUAAUAUGACCUUGGCAAUCCUUUUGGAAACCAUGGCUUUAAAGUCUGCUUGGAUUUUAGUUUCUCUUUUCUGUGAUCAUUCUAACACUUUAAUACAGAUACCACUAAAACUUUCGAUAACCCACACAAUGUUUUCUACUCUUCCUAGUCUUUUUUACCAGCAGAACAAAGCUGCCAUUAUUUAAAAUUCUCCCUUUUCCUUAAGGUCUGUUAAUCUGUUCUUUGCUUCAACUAUUAGUCCAAAACCAGUAGCACCUUCAUAUACAUUUUACUGCUUUGGGGCCAACCUGUGUUCACAAAGGACACUACCGUACCAUUUUGAAAAUAAAAACUAUAGCCCAAUUGGGAGGCAAGAAAAUAUUUAACAAAAAUAGGCAAAGACUGGUUGCUGUAACAGUGAGUCUAGUGUUCAGGUCAUGGGUUUGACACAAUCAGCAACUUUCCUCCUUUCUCACUUACCUUCCCAAAUAAUUGCUCAGACGUUUACUAGCCAAAACUAGCUGGGCUUGAAACAACCUCUGGCAUUCAGAGGAGUCCUAGAGGGUUGUGAGUGGAGGAACCAUCCAGGCGUGAAGGGUGCCUCUUGGACACAAGAAGUGGAGCCCGUCUUGAUUAUUUCCAUCGUUUAAGGUAUAUGUUGGGUUUUAGGAACUCUUGUUUACUCUCACCCCUUAUCUGUCAGUUGUCAUGUAUAAAACUCUAGCUCCCCAUGAAAUAUUUUCUGCAGCUCAUUGCUGAACGCACAACUGUUACCAGCUUCCUCUUAAGACUGUAAUGACCCAACUUUUCCAUUUUCCAAAGAUGUAUGCACUCCAUAUUUUCAUUGUAUUAUAUUUAUUGUAUUGUACACAUGGCAUCACUCACUUAAAACCUGGUUUGAGGUAACAAUUAAAAAAACAGAACCUUCUAAA